AUGUCAAAGGAUAAAUAUCAAAAACAAGGAGAUGCCAUUUUUGCAAAAUUAGAGAAAGUGAACUCUGAAUUAUUUUCAUUUACAUAUGGAGCCUUAGUGAGUCAACUUUUGAAAGAUCUGGAAUUAGUAGACGAAGUCAAUGAGCAAUUAGAAAAAAUGGGAUUCAACAUAGGCACAAGACUAAUUGAAGAAUUCCUUGCAAAGUCUGAUAUUUCAUUUUGUGAAGACUUUGAAGAAACAGUCAAUGUUAUAGCUAAGGUGGCCUUUAAAAUGUUCCUAGGAAUAAGUGGAACAGUUACUUGUGUAAAUAAAGAAUCCAAUAUAUUUUCUAUUAUUUUUGAUAACAAUCCUUUAAGCGAUUUUGUGGAAUUACCAAAAUCAUUAUCAUCAUUAAAUUAUUGUAGUUUAUUAUGUGGAGUUAUUAAAGGAGCACUCGAACAAAUAAGAAUUAAAGUAAAUUGUUAUUUUGUUAAGGAUAUGUUGAAGGGAGAUGAUUAUUACGAAUUAUAUAUUCAACUAAACGAAGUUAUGAAAGAAGAAAUAUUAAAUGACGAGGAAUCUUAA